AUGGACCGUCCUGCGGUCGCCACCGUACAAAUCAAAAACACGGGCAAGCUGGCGGGCGCCCAGAUUCUCCAACUGUACAUCUCUGCCCCCGAAUCCCCAACCCCGCGCCCAAGCAAGGAACUGCACGGUUUCGAAAAAGUAUUUCUGCAGCCUGGGGAAGAAAAAACGGUUGACAUCCAGCUGGACCGAUAUGCGACCAGCUUCUGGGACGAGAUCGAGGACAUGUGGAAGAGCGAACAAGGGUUGUAUGAAGUGUUGAUUGGAACCUCUAGCCAGGAAGUGGUGGCCCGGGGCAAAUUCCAAGUGGAUCGCACCACGUAUUGGCGGGGACUCUAA